AUGAAUGUUCGUCCCUUUGUUCAGCUAGACGAUCUCAACCCUGCGCUCGAUCGUUACAAAAUUAGAGUCCGUAUCAUAAGACUUUGGAAGUCAUUCAAGUCUCUACAGAUGGUCUUCGUUGACAGUGAUGGUACAAGGAUACAUGCAUCUAUUGAAGAUGGUUUGGUCAACAGAUUUCAGAAUCACCUUGCUGUCGGCGAGUCUAAGAUAGUUGACACAUUCAACUUAGUAGAUUAUGAUAAUGUUAUUGGUCAGAUCGUUGGUGUAGGAAAUCUUGACAGCGUCAAAACAAAAGGGAAGGAUAACGUCAAAUUGAGUUUCGAUCUGCAAGAGUUGACGUAUGUUGAAGAUGAACCAAGUCCCCAAAAAUCAAAGGUGACAUUAUAUGAGGAGUUUUUUAUUAUUAACGGGAAGUCUACUAUGGACCAAAUCGUUUAUGCACUUGAUACGCAAACAUGUGUGACAAUCGCCACAAUUUAUUCUGUUGAAGUAUUGCCUAAAUGGUAUUAUAUUGCUUGUAAAGUUUGCAAUAAGAAGGUGCGGCCGUACCCACUAGAAUCUCAAUCUGGAAAAGAACUACUUUAUAGUUGUGGGGUUUGUGAUGCUGAUGUUACAGAUGUUGAUUACAAGAAAAACGACAAGUCUGCUUAUGUUGUUGAAAAGUUUUGGGAAAAGGAUGACAUGGUUGUUCAAUUCGGCAAGAAACUCUAUGGAAGGAAUGAACUUUCAAAUAUUACUUCGGAUAUGCAUGAUCAUAAGUUGCAAUUCGCCCCAGCUGAAUCGAGUUUGGCUUCGUCUAAGAGAGAUCAUACAGAAACCGAUGUUGUGUCGGUCGGGGGUCAUAGCAUGAAGACAAGGAAAAAUAUCAAAACUGAAUCUAAAGACUGA